CCAUACGUACCUACCUAAUCUAUCUUCACAGUUCACCCUUUAAUUUUGUAUAUUAGCAAAAUGGCGGACGGUGGCGUGGAUAUUGAUCUCUACGCUGAUGAUAUUGAAUCCGAUUUUAAUAGACAGGAUGAAUUUGGAGGUGAAAAUGUGGAUUUGUACGACGAUGUGAUUGCUGCUCCACCAGUGAAACCUGAGGAUGGCAGUGGACCACCAAACUCCGGGCCGCCGCAGCAUGAUCCAUCGGAGGAGACCAACGGCAACGCUAUAUAUCACAACAACGGACCAAGCCAUGGACAUCAUGGCCGCCGCUUUCAGCUUUACAUCGGCAACCUCACUUGGUGGGCCACAGAUCAAGACAUAGCCAAUGCCGUGGCUGACGUAGGAGUGAACGAUUUCCAAGAUGUGAAGUUCUUCGAGAACAGGGCCAACGGUCAGUCGAAGGGAUUUUGUAUCAUUUCCCUCGGUUCUGAUCAGUCUGUUCGUAUGGUUCUGGACCGUCUGCCGAAGAAAGAGAUACAUGGGCAACAUCCAGUAGUAACAAUGCCUACUAAACAGGCUUUGAAUCAAUUUGAGAGUCAGUCGAAAACGCGGUCCACUCCGCCCGGGCCCAUGAGAGGGCCGCAUCCAGGAGGGCCACCGGGACCACACCCAGGAGACUUCUUCGGAGGCGGUCCCAACGGUCCAGGUCCGAACGGUCCUCGCAUGAUGAUGCCAGGACCCGGACCUCAUCACCAACUGCGCGGGCCCCCGCCCGGGUUGCCGCACGGACCCCCGCACCACAUGCCGCAGCACCAGGGGCCCCCGCCGCAUCACAUGCAACACCAGGGCCCGCCACCGCAUCAGGGCCCACCGCCGCAUAGGCCGCCCAUGCAGUUCCAGGGCCCGCCUCAAAUGCAGCGCGGGCCGGGGCCGCGGCCGGGCCCGGAGUGGGGCCCGCGCGGCCCGCCGCACGCCCCGCACGCGCCGCACCACAUGCCGCAGCCGCAGUACGGGCCGCCGCAGCACCAGCUGCCGCCGCAUCAGAUGCCGCCGCCGCAUGCGCCGCCUGGCCAAGGCCUGCCGCCGCCGCACCACCAGCUGCCGCACCAGGGCCCGCCGCGAGGGCCCGCGCCCAUGCCGCAGCAUCCAGGAGUGGGUCCAGGCGCGCCGGCGCCGCACGUGAACCCCGCGUUCUUCAACCAGCAGCCGCCGCAGCCCGCGCCGCAGCCGCCGCAGCCCGGACCGCCUGGACCUGGAGCACCGUACGGCCACCCGCCGCCGACCGCACAGGGCCCGCCGCCCGGAGCGAGGCAGCCGUACGGCCGUCCGCCACAGUAUGACGGGUUACAGAGCUACCCGCCGGCGGAGGCGGCGCGCGCGCCGCUGCACGCCGCGCCGCACGCGCCGCUCGCCGCGCCGCCGCACGCGCCCGUGCCCGCCAUCUCCGAGGCUGAGUUCGAAGAGGUGAUGAAUCGCAACAGAACUGUAUCUUCGAGUGCGAUAGCUCGCGCGGUGAGCGACGCGGCGGCUGGCGAAUACGCUUCCGCCAUAGAGACGCUAGUCACUGCUAUAUCACUCAUCAAGCAGAGCAAGGUGGCCCACGACGACCGUUGCAAGAUACUUAUCUCGUCCCUCCAAGAUACACUGCACGGUGUCGAGACUAAAUCCUAUAGCAGCGGUGAAAGGAGGCGUUCUCGUUCCAGAGAAAGGGAUGCGCGUGCGCACCACAGAGCACCGCGCCGCAGGGAACGCUCCGCCAGCAGAUACCGGGAGAGGAGUCGCGAGCGAGAAGAGAGGGACCGGUACAGGGAACGGUCCAGAGACCGCGAUCGUGAACGCGAGCGUGACGCGUAUUACAGGGACUAUAGGGAGCGUGAACGUGACCGCUCCAGGUCGCGGGACAGGGAACGCACUGACCAUUACAACAGGGGACACAGUAGGGAAGAGAGGCCCCGCAAGUCGCCGGUGGAGGCGGCGCCGGAGGCGGGCGCGGGCGACGCGGGCGGCAAGGCGCGCGCGGCGCCCUACUACGACGAGCGCUACCGCGAGCGCCGCGAGCGCGACGCCGCGCCCACCGAGCGCGAGCGCGAGCGCGACCACCGCCGCGACCAGCGCCACUAGCGCCACUAGCGCCACUCGCACCACCAAAUAUAUCUUGAAGACAAUAGCGUGCAUCACCUACAAGUGUAUAGUUAGUUUUGAGCAAAACAAUUUUACAAGUGGGAAAAUAAAAUUUCGUUGAUUGAAGAUCUUCAGAAGAAAAUAUGUUUGUAAUCAUAAGUGUCAAACUUGGUUAUAGAGUCUACAGGUAACUUGUUUAAGUUUUGAUAGUUGGCGGAUCAGCCAAUUAGCUGUAUCCCGAGACCCUAUCUCAUACUACAGUAAAAAACGCUUGUACAGUAGAAACUCGAGUAACCAGACUAAUUGUUGUUAAAAGACAUUCGGAUAAUCAAAAAUCCGGAUAAUCGAAAGUAUGAAGAAAAUCGGGUACCCUGAUAUUUUUAAAACGUCUGGGUUCUUUUGAUUUUCCGAUGAGAAGCAAAGGUAUUUUAUGGGUCCCGGUAGCGUUAGGGCAAACUAAUAUUGUUACUCGCUCUUUGCUAAUUUUAUAUCCUGGAGCUGAUUCUCUCGCCUAGAAACUAAAGAUUUUGAAGGCAAUGACUACCAGUUUAAUCCGGUUUCAUCAGCAUUAUAAACAAAAUCUACCUAAGCCAUAGUUAUUUUCGUUUCUUGAAAUCAUCUUUAAAAGAGUUUUCUUCAUCUACAUAUUAGCUGACAUUUUUUCACCUUGUAUUUCCAAUUCUCGAAUUCCAUGACGAGAUUUAAAUCUGUAUCCUUACUUGCCACAAAAGAUUCAUCGCCCCCUAUUUUUUUACUUAACUGUAAUGCUUCUUCACACAGCAAAGGACCAGAAAUUGGUUGCCCAGUUGAUCGUUUUUGUAAAAACCAGCAAUACAAAGCGUCUUCUUAAAGUUCAUUUUUCGGUUUCUUCAUCAUUCUCCGAUGUUUACUCACUAUCUAAUUUGCAGUUGUACAACAAAAUUGAAUCGGUAUUCUUCUUAAUAUCACUUAUCGUGGAUGUACCUACACCAUACUUAUCAGCUAACUUACGACCUGUUUCUCCUUUUUUUAAUGAAUUAAUAAUAUUCAAUUUUUCUUUAACUUAUAACACCACUCUCUUACGCUUUGACAUUUUAAAUAUGUAGCUAGUUGUGACACGCACGUCAGGACAGAGUAGCAAUUGCUAACCAACUAAAACAAUAACGAAACGCGUGAGGCAGCGGUCCCGGGCGGGGUGAUGCCAGUUCCGACAUCUUCAUGCUUGCAAAAAUACGAUAGGUACAUUUAAUGCGGUUUGUCUGUAGGCCGAAUAAUCGCGAAUCCGUAUAACUGAGGGCCGGAUAAUCGAGUUUCUACUGUAUCGCAUUUUCGGUCAACAUACUAAGGAUGUUUUCCAUAGUGAAAUCCUAAAAGACGACCUCUUUAAUUUUUGUGUCAAAUUUUCAUUAUGGUAAUAUCCAAAAUUUCCUAUUGAUAUCACCAGAUAUUAUAAGCAAUGUAUUUUUAUACUACCACCGUAAAGAAUUCAAUAUAAAAAAUUAUAAGCACUUAGUGAACUGUCUGUUCAUGAGUGUGCAACAGUUGAAAUGUUCAGUAUUUCUCUUACUUACGUAUAUCUUCUCUUAUCUCUGUCACUGUCUUAUUGCUCGUUUUAAAGUAUAUAUAUUUACUGAAGUGGAAAAAAAGAAAAUUUUAUAUUUUCAUGUGAUUUAAAAAUUUUUUUCCAUGUUAUGGAUUAUUUGACUUUAAAACAUAUAGGUUAACUUUGAAUGCAACACCAAUUGGAAGGGAUUCUACAUUCCAAUUAGCCAUUUUUCUUUCAAAUUGAAUAUAAAAUUUACACAUUGUAAAUGUUAAAUAAGCUUUCAUCAGUUUUGACAUAAACAUGUUUAAUUAAGUAUUAGGUUAUAGUCAUAGUUUUACCAUUUGUAUGGAGUUUUCCAUACUAUACUGAUUUAGGAUUUAAUUUGUGGAAUAAAUUGAUGUACCAAAAGAUAA